AUGCACAGGCGCUUGUCAGCUCGGGUUGCCUGCGGCCUGCGCCAAAGCCUCCGCCACAUGACGACCGCGCCUGCGAUGGAAGCUGCGCAACACGACAUUUCGCAGAAGGGCUACACCGUAUCUCGCCUGGGCGGCGCAGCUAGUGUCCGGGACAUGGAAAAGGUAGCCUUGCAACUCAUGCGGGUAGAUCCCAACAGCGUGGGCAGUUACAAUGGUCGGGGUGGCGUUGUUAGAUCCAGCAUCGACGGCACUGGCUUCGUCGAUUCAGCAGCUGGGGCACCAAAGGAGCUGACGAUUCAGUUCCACAACGAGAUGGCCUACGCUACUGAGUACCCGAAGUACGUCACCUUCGCGAUGGUACGGCAAGCAGACACUGACGGAACCACCACACUGGCGGACAACUUGAUGGUGCAGAGUAGGCUUUCAGCAGCCUUGCUGGACAAGUUCCGCCAACUGGGCGUGCUGUAUGUGCGGUACCUGCACGACGAAGCAGAGAAGGGUGCUCCAGACUUCUACAACUCCUGGCAGGGAGCCUUCCAGGUUCAAAGUGUGGAAGAGGCCAUGAAGAAAGGCAACAACAAGGACAAUUUUUCCAUCCUGGAGGCGCAUCCAGAUGGCCGAAGACUGCGCCACACUCUUUGGUGUCCAGUCUUCCACCACCAUCCUGUUCACGGCGAGCUAUUCUUUAACUCAGUGCUGAACCGACACGGCUCGUGGCUCGACGGCCACACCGUCUUCGGCAAGCUGCCCAACAGCGAGCGCCCCUACCACUGCCUGUGGGGCGACGGCACUGAGCUGUCCGAGCAGGAGCUCUCAGAGAUCCGCAAAGCUUACAGCGACAGCACAGAAUACAUCCGGCUGGAUGCUGGCGACGUCCUCGUGCUGGACAACCUUCGGGUCGUUCACGGCCGCACGCCCUACAGCGGUAGUCGCCUGCUGGGCCUCCUGCUGUCGGACAUGGUUCCACGCCCGUCUUGCAGUCCUCCGGAGGCGUUCGCCAAACGGCUGAACGCUUGA